AUGACGGAGGCGUGGAUCACUUUGGCGACGAACGACCGUUACGCACAGGGCGCCCUCACCCUUCUCAAUUCGCUGCGUUCUUCGGGCACUCGACGCAAAGUUCACUGUCUGAUUACCGACGAGGUUAGUACAUUCUGCGUGUUCUGCUCCUUCAAUGGAGGCAUUCAGGUGUCUUCUGGAGUUCGCGAAGAAUUGCAGCGCAAAUUUGACGAGGUGACUACCGUUGACGUCUUCAACAGCAACGACGCGGUAUUCCAAAAUUGUAAUGAAAGCCAACACAUAUUUUGUCUUCAGGAAAACCUGGCAUUGAUUGGUCGUCCAGAUCUGGGAGUCACAUUCACUAAACUCCAUUGCUGGCGUCUCACUCAGUACACUAAGGCCGUGUUCCUCGAUGCCGACACGAUGGUCAUCCGCAACGCCGACGAACUUUUUGAGAGGCCGGACUUCUCUGCUGCCGCCGACAUCGGAUGGCCGGAUAUGUUCAAUUCGGGAGUCUUCGUUUUCUCGCCAUCGAUCAGCGUUUACCGUAUUUGAAAUAAUGUUGUGAACUUUCAAGACGUUCUUAUUCUAGGAGCCCUCGUCGCUCUUGCUAUUGUUGUUGGAUCGUUCGAUGGUGGUGACCAGGGACUUCUGAACGAGUACUUCUCCAACUGGAGAGACCUUCCAUCUGCCCAUCGAUUGCCAUUCAUCUAUAACAUGACCGCCGGAGAGUUCUACACUUAUGUCGCGGCUUACAAAAAGUUAGUGACAACUGGAUUAAUAAUUUCUAAUUGAAUGUUUUUAGAUACGGUGGAGAUACAAAGAUCGUGCAUUUCAUUGGAACCCAGAAGCCCUGGAACAUCAGCUCGACGGGAUUGCACAAGAGUGAACACUACCAACAAUGGCACUCGUUCAGCCAGCAAAUCCAUCCUGUGCCAUCUCCUCAGCAUCACUAUUAUGCGGCUCCGUCGACAUCUCACAAGUCGGACGAUGAUUCGGAAAUUCGUCGUGUCGCGUGGGAGGCUGGACAACCAGACUAUUUGGGAAAGGACGCAUUCAAGAACAUCCAGAAGGCUCUCGACGAGAGCAUGGCCGAUAAAAAAACUACAUAA